GCGGAUGGGGAGGGGUAGAGACUGGGCUGAGUAAAAGACCCUUGCUGGAGCUGAAGGGCCGAAAGGUGUCCUUUGACCUCCGCGAGGAGUCACGUGGGAUGCCGGAGGCGGAGGCAGAAAUGCUGGUUAAGUUCCUUCCGGGUCGGAGACAGAAGCGUGAACUCCGUGGAGAUAGUUCCUGGUACCCUAGGCUUGGGUGUAUCUUCCUUGUCCCAGCUCGCGGUGGUUGUGGUUUCGGCGAUGAGCUCCCAGAAGGGGAACGUGGCUCGUUCCAGGCCUCAGAGGCACCAGAAUACGUUUAGCUUCAAAAAUGACAAGUUUGAUAAGAGUGUUCAGACCAAGAAAAUUAAUGCAAAACUUCAUGAUGGAGUAUGUCAGCGUUGUAAAGAAGUUCUUGAGUGGCGUGUAAAAUACAGCAAGUACAAACCCUUAUCAAAGCCUAAAAAAUGUGUUAAAUGUUUACAAAAGACAGUGAAGGAUUCUUAUCACAUAAUGUGUAGACCAUGUGCCUGUGAUCUUGAAGUUUGUGCCAAAUGUGGAAAGAGAGAAGAUGUUAUUCCGUUUAAUAUAGAACCAGAAAAGACAGAAAAUGUUGAAAAUAAUCAACGUUCCAGCCACAGAAGAAGCUGCAGAAGAAAUGAAGAAAGUGAUGAUUUAGAUUUUGAUAUUGAUUUAGAUGACACAGAAAAAGACAAUCAGAUGGAUUGAUAUAACUAUAUUAAAAGACAGUUUGGAAGCAUGAAAUUCUGAACAACUUUAAUUUUGAGGGUUUAAAAAAAAUACUGUGGAAUACUAGUAAGGACAUUGGAAAAACAUAUAGAAAAUACAUGGACAAUAUGAAUUGUGUAUGAUAUUUGAAUAGUGAUAAAGCUUUCAUCCAGAGUUUUCUUAUAAUACAUUUUUAAGUAGCAUAUGCUAGUAUAUCUGCCAAAAUGAGUACUGGAGUAUUGUAUUGCAGUUCAUGGGAAUUAUUUAGAAGAAUAUACUAUCUAGUAUCAAAUUAAGCAAGAUUCAGAAUUGAUGCUUGUAUAGAAACUAUCUCAUGGAAAAAUCAGAUGACAUUAUUAUGUUGCUAGCCUCAAAAAUUGGUCCUCAGGAGGUACCUUUUGAUAGAUUGAUCUCAGGUUAAUGUCCCACAUAACAAAAGCCCUCUUGCUUACGCUUGCUUGUUGUAAAGCAAAAAGUUUGUUUUUUAAUAAUAAUGUUUAACAAGUAUAUAGCAGUUUUUCUUUGAAAAUGUUUUUAUGUAUCUUAUCACAUUAUUUUUAACUUUUUUCGCUUAUGAAAUUUACAUACAGAAAAAAAUGCAUAAAAUCUAUAUGUAUAGUUUAACACAUAAAGAAAAAUCAUACAUUUAUCACCCACGUGAAUCAAAUACUCCUAAACAAUAUAAGUUAGCUUUGUCUGAUUUUUGAACAUUUUUUCUAUCUUUUUGUUUUGAAAAAUCUCAAACCUAAAGAAAAGUAGCAGUGUAGUACAAUGAACCUUUGUAUGCUCUUCACUUAGAUUCACAAUUGUUAACAUUUUGCCACAUUUUCUUUAUAUUUGAAUAGAUAUAUGGAUAUAUUUUUUAUUUGCUGAACCAUUUGAAAAUAAGUGGCAGGCAUUGGUUUCAAACUUUAUAUGAAGAGACUUAUACUAUGCAUGUUAAUUUGUAUCUCUUCUUAUUUCAUUAUUAUGAAACUUGUGAAAUUGAUCCAUGUUGUUGCAAGAGCUCUAAUUUGUUAAGAUUACAUUUUUAUUCUACAUUUUUUAUUCUGUUUAGUUCUAUUGUAUUUACAUACCACAAUUUAUUUUUCCUCUCUAAUACUGAGGGACAUUUGAGUUAUUUCAGAAUUUUCCUAUAACAAACGAUAGUGUUUCUUGGUAUAAGUGUCUUAUUUCUUGGUACAUUUUCUGUUAGGUAUGUAAUAGAAGAAGAUUGAAAUGUUUCCUGGUGUACUUGUCUUGUUUCUUGCUACAGUUUCUAUUAGGUGUGUCUAGCAGUGGUAGAGGGCAUCAGGUAUAUAUGCAUCUUCACUAUUACUAUGUACUAUGUAAUGCUGUCUUUCCAGAAGGAUUGUUAUCUCCCUUCCCCAUAGCAAUGUAUUAGAGCUCCUGUGCUCUGCAUCCUUUCCAACACUUGGUAUCAUACUUUUAAAUUUCUGUCAGAUAUGUGUGCAACAUAUGUCUUUGUCUUAUUAAUUUGUAUUUCUCUAAUUACUAAUGAGCCUGAGCCCCCUUUAAUGUUUAUCGACCAUUGGUUUUUGGGUAAUAGAUGAUAUUAAGGAAUCAUUUUGCUUAGGUGUAAUAAUGUUAUUUGAGAGAUACAUAUUGAAAUAUUAAAGGGUGUAUAGUGAAUUUACUUUAAAAUAUUUUAAGCAUAAAAAAGUAGAGAUACAGGGCUUCCCUGGUGGCGCAGUGGUUGAGAGUCCACCUGCCGAUGCAGGGGACGUGGGUUCGUGCCCCGGUCCGGGACGAUCCCACAUGCCGCGGAGCGGCUAGGCCUGUGAGCCAUGGCCCCUGAGCCUGUGCGUCCGGAGCCUGUGCUCCGCAACGGGAGAGGCCACAACAGUGAGAGGCCCGCAUACCGCAAUAAAUAAAUAAAUAAAUAAAAAUAAAUAAAUGGAGAGAAAUAUCAUGUUUAUGAUAUAGAAACCUCUAAGUUUACAGUCUACAGAAAGUUUUUCUACCAUAAAUUCGUGUGGUUUACCUUUUUGUUUGUAAAUUUGUUUUCUGAACUAUGUAACUUUUGUGGUUAAUGAGCCAGCUUAAUUAUUAGACCUAGCAUAAAUUAUUAGACCUAGCAUAAAUUCUUCCCCAUCUGAGUGAGUUAUAAUUCCUCAGAUUACCUUACUAGGAGAGAAGUUUAAUGAAGAGCAUCACCUAGUGACAUGUACUAAUAUCUGCAUUUCAUUCUUUAGUGCUAAGAGAGAUUUUGUUUUGUUUUUUCAACAGACUGAAAUUUAAUUGUUACAUUUAGCUCAUUUACAUACCUUUAGGUCUUAUCCUUUCUAAUCUAAAAAUUAUUUUUAUUGGAACUCAGCAUGGAUCUAAGUCCUGGCUCUGCCAGUUACUAGCUGUGUGACUUGGUACAAAUUAAUAUUUCUGUGCCAACUAUGAGUGCACUAAAUAACUGAUAGUAUUAUUGCUACUGUGAUUUUGUGUGUAUAUAUGUAUUAGUAAUGAGUUAGUAAUUAUUAACUGGAAAUGAAAUAAUUAAUAAUUAUUAGUAAUGAAGAUGUCAAUUUGGUUGUUUGCCUAUGUUCUUCAGAAGAACAUAUAUAUGUGUUUAUAUAUGGAAUGCAGAAUGUUAGAAGGUGAAAAGUUCUGUGGGAAAAAAAAUAAGGCAUGGUAGGGUGAUUGGGAGUCUAAGGGUAUGGAUGGGGUGGGAAUGAGUGUGCACAAGGGGAUGGGAAGUGGUCUUUUUAAAUAAGGUGCCUAGAGAGACAUGUUGGGGAAGAAUGUUCCAGGCAGAGGAAACAGCCACUACAAGGCCUCUAAAGCAAGAUUGUGCCAGGUGUGUUCAAGGGACAGCAAGGAAGGGAGUGAUUAAGUUGGAGAGUUGAAAGAGAUAAGAUCAGGAAGGUAAUGGAAGGUCAGAUGAUGUGAAACCUGCUUUUAAGAUGUUUUUUGUUUCUCUUUGGUUUUCAGCCAUUUGACUGAUUUCUAAGGUAUGAAUUUCUUAUUUAUGCUACUUAAGGUUUUCUGAGUUUCUCAUAUCUGUUGGUCAAUGUCCUUGAACAGACUUGGAAAGUCGUUAGCCAUUAUUUCUUCAAAUAUGCUUUUUCCUAUUCUUUCCUCUCCUAGCACUCCCAUUCUAUAUGCAUAGGAGUGUGUCCCACGUCUUUCUCAUGCUCUGCUUUCUUUUUUCUAUUUGUUUUUGUGUUUGUUUGUUUGUAUGUUUUCUUUUGGCCUUUCUUUGCAUUCAUAAUUCUGUCUUCUAUAUAAACAGGAGUAAUGUGUUCAGUAUGCUUUUAUUUUUUAAAUUUUAUUGAAGUGUAGUUGAUUUACACUGUUAAUUUAUGCUGUACAGCAAAGUGACUCAGUUAUACAUAUAUAUAUUAUUUUUCAUAUUCUUCUCCAUUAUAGUUUACUACAGGAUAUUGAGUAUAAUUCCCUGUGAAAAGGGCGUGUAUUUAUUUAUGUAUUUAUAUUUAUUUGUUUAUUUUGGCCAUGAGGCUCACGGGAUCCCAGUUCCCCAACCAGUGAUCAAACCCGUGCCCCCUGCUGUGGAAGCACGGAGUCUCAACCACUGGACCACCAGCCAGGCAAUUCCUACUAGUAUGCUUUUAAACCCGUCUAAUACAUUCUUAAUUUCAGAUACUGAAUUUUGCAGUUCUAAAAUGUUCAUUUGAUUCUUUUUUUUAAAUAGAUUUAUCUCUGUUGAAAUAUUCUGUGCUACCUAUCUUGUACAUUUUUUCUCUAUGUUUUUAAUGUAUUAAUUACAGUUAUUUUGAAGUUCUUGUUCACUUUUGUUUGCUUUUACUAAUUAUUUUAUCUCUUGAUUGUUGGUCACUACCCCCGGCUUUGCAUAUCUAAUAACUUUUAUUGUAUGCUAGAAAUUGUGGAUGAUACAUUAUAGAGACUUCCUCUGAAAAAUAAAUUACUGCAGAUCACCUUGAUCCUGUCAAAACUUGGGUUUAGGCUUGGGGUGGUCUAUUUCAGUUUCACUCUUAUUCCUCGCUCUUACUCCUUGAGUAUUGUUUUUAUUCCUAAGCAUGUAUUUUCUGAGGUCUUAAUUCCACUGGUGUUCACCAAGGAAUCUCCCCUCUGGGUAAGCCCAGACUGCAACACUGGGUGACCUCUGAAGUCUCUGCCUACCUCUCAGCCUCACAGCAGCUGUUCUCUGCUAGGACUCCUGGAGUUGUGCCCUACAUGUGUGCAGUUUAGGAGACUAAGGAGUGACCAGAGAAGUAGGCGAACCAAGAAAGGGUGUCCUGAAAGGCAACAGGCACACAUAUUGAGUGCUUACUGUAUUCUGACAGUGCUCUAAACUAAGCCCUUUACAUGAUAAACUCCUUGAAUGUAUAUCAUGGCCCUGCAUAGUGAUAACUAUCAUUAUCCACAUUUACAGAUGAGAAACUGAGAUUAAAUAAAUUGACAUACAUCCACAAAGUGUUUAGGUCCAGGUUUUGAACCUACAUGAUCAUCUGACCCCAAACCCCAUUCUGCCUAUUAGGGUUAGUAUGCUUAAGAAAAAUAUGUGAGUUGCUGACUGGAUAACUCCACUGUUUUUCAUACUACUAUUCCAGGGCUCUGUUGACAGUCAUUUCCACUGCCACACUUUCAUAUUCCUUUAUUUGAGAAAAUUUAGAGCUUUUCUCUCUUUUUCUCUGAAGAACUGUCCCAGGCAUCACUGGAGAGAGCUUAAGCUUUUAGCCACUGCUGAUAUACCUGAAUUCAAGUCACUUUUUUUGUACUCUCCUCCAUGAUUAU